GGAGGCUUCUGCCUCUGCUUCGCCGAACGCAGGGGUUACAUGCAACCAGUGUCACCUCCCUGUCCUUCCAGACCGGUGGCGGUUCGAGGCAGACUAAGACUGGCAGAUGUGAAAGCAAUAAAUACAAGUGGCGAGUCUAGGUCAGCUGUUGGUCAGCUUGUCGUUGGCCGGCGGACAUGAUGAAGUCUGUGAAACCACGGCUUUUCGACAUUGGCCGCUGGGCCGCAGCACCAUGCCUGCGUGGCGAUCUUCUGACUUGUCUCGUAUUCGUGCCCGCCUGAUGCAAAUCGAAUCCUUCGACAUACAUUCGCAGGCCAAAGCCUUGCAAGCCACUGUAUCGCAAUGCGGGUGGUGUAUGAAUGUGACCAUCGCAAGGCUGUCUGUGGAUGACACCGAUCGGGGCCGAUCAGGCAGAUCGGAAACGCCAUACCCAAUCAGGCAAUUCUCAAAAUUAGAUGCGACUGCGCCACAACCGCCCAUGCAUCCAAGAGGCAACUGCGCCGGAGACUGCCAUGAUAGACAGUCCUGGCAGCCAGGCAGGGGACACGAGAACCCACAACAACCACAACAACCACAACAACCACAACAACCACAACAACCACAACAACCACAACAACCACAACAACCACAACAACCACAACAACCACAACAACCACAACAACCACAAAGUAAGGAAAGUUGUUUCCAAAAUCGGAAGAUUGCGUCCAAAAUCGGAAGUUACUUUCCUUACCAGCGCAACCGCGCUAGAAGCGCCGCGCAAGGGCCUGGUUGUUAGAUCUCUACUACACCCGUUUUAAGAGG